AUGAUAAUCAAAUGGGAGGUCGGCAUCGAUAAAGAGCCGGCAGACCCUGGAUUAAUAGUAUCAUCAACUCCAUUUGUAUCUGAUAAUGUGAUCAAUAUAACUAAUCCCCGAUUUAGCAAAUCAGAUAUAAAAGAAUUGAAAUGGUUACACACCGUUCAUCGAUCAGAUAUAGCACAGGAUAAUUAUCCGGAUUUACCCUUAGCCGAUCACACAUCUAACGGAUUUGUGAAUAACCCCGGUUUGCUCAAGGAAAACGAGUUUUAUCCAUUGGAUCCCAUGAAUUGCUGGACUCAUGAUCCUGAAUCUGAUCCAAAAUUAGCAUAUUGCUCCAUCAUCUUGCAUGAAGAAGAUGAUCCGAUGUUGUAUAAGAUAGUAAAACACGGUAUGAACCACAUACAAAAAUUGUAUCAGUAUGAGACACAGCGAGGACCAUCAUCACUGGCUCGCAACUCACUGAUUGAUAGUACACAUGCCAGUGAUCUAGUGAUCAACUGGAAUCAGGAGUUGAAUAAUGAAGAAUUUUUUGAUUUGGGUGAUUUGACAAUAAUUGCAUGUGGUGAAAUUGCUCACAUAAAAGGUCAGUCCCAUAUGAAAGAUAUUGAAAAUGUGGAAGUAUACGUUUGUAAGCUAAACCUAAAGUACAACGAGGAGCAUUUCAUUAGGCUCUUGCAAGUAGAGGAUAUCUUGUUUAGCGGGUUACAAUGGGAGUUUUUUGCACAUGACUUGCGGCUUGGUCCAUAUUCCAGCUUAGAUAUUACGAAAAGAUUUAAGCGUAGAGCAACUCCAUAUUCUUUAGAUUACAAUUUACUGUGGUUAGAUAGAGAGAUAUUUGUCGAUCUUCUACAAUUCAGGAGUCUAAUAAUUGGUAAGAAUGGAGUUGACCGUUUCUCAGAAAGCCAAGAGAAGUCAGACGAUACGUUGAGACUCUUGGGUUCAAUGACAGAAUGCGAAACUCGAUCAGAUCUGGACCCUGUGCCAUCAGGGAAGGAUGAAGAUUUUUACAUGUCAGAUACUGAGAUAUCAAGAAUCUUUGGUCUCGACGUCUCUACAAAGUCAUCUCUAUCUGUGGACGAUUCAUGUUACAGCAGAAGAGUCUCACGAACAGAAACUCAGCAAACAACGCCAGAGAAGACAUAUCUACAUAAUGACGGUAUGACAAACACAUGUAACAAUACUAGGUAA